GACGGUCAAUUUCAAUCUGUACAUCUCAACCGUCAAUUCUAGGGCUAACAAUCUUUAAAACAUUCAUUUUUCCGCCCAUCACAUUCCACACUUAAUCCCUGCGCGUAUCAACUGGGUGUCUCCGGCUUAGGUUAUCAUCCGGCUCGAUCGAAAAGGCGCAAAGAUGUAUACUGCUUCGCAAAAGAUUCACAAGGACAGGAAUGCUGAGCCCACUGAGUUUGAGGAGAGUGUAGCUCAGGCUUUGUUUGAUUUGGAGAACACCAAUGGAGACAUUAAGAGUGACUUGAAGGACCUUUACAUCAACUCUGCCUUGCAAGUUGAUGUUUCUGGUGGCAAGAAGGCUAUUGUGAUCCAUGUUCCCUACCGGUUGAGGAAAGCUUUCCGCAAAAUUCAUUCCAGGCUGGUUAGAGAACUUGAGAAGAAAUUCAGUGGAAAGGAAGUUGUUGUCAUUGCCACUAGAAGGAUUGUGCGUCCACCUAAGAAGGGUUCAGCUGUUCAAAGGCCUCGUUCCCGUACUCUCACAUCUGUUCAUGAAGCUGUGCUUGAGGAUGUUGUUUAUCCAGCUGAGAUUGUUGGCAAGCGCAUCAGAUACAGACUUGAUGGAUCAAAGAUCAUGAAGGUUUUCUUGGAUCCCAAGGCAAGGAAUGACACAGAGAACAAACUCGAGACUUUCUCAGGAGUCUACAGGAAGCUAUCCGGGAAAGAUGUUGUCUUUGAAUAUCCAACGACUGAAGCCUGAAAAUCUUGCAGUCUAGUUGUGUUGUCAACUAUUUUUCAUUGCAAGAAAUUUAACUAGUAUGGGGGUAUUUGAAGUUUUGAUGAAAGAGAAUUGGGCUGCUGUUUUUUUACCAAAAUUGUUAAACCUAUGUUGUCUUUAUUAAAGUUUCCCCUUUUUGGAUCUUCUGUUAUUUGCAUUAAGUAAAAACAGUUGUUUCGGUUA